CUUGCAGAAUAAAAGCAGGGGUCAUCGCCCCGCACCUCAGGCAGUCUUUCUCUAGAUGGAAGGGGGAAAGCAUUAGCACGCCAUGGAGGGGUUUGUCUAUCCCCCCUAUAGUGUGUACCAGGGGUACAGUGGCACCUUCACGCCCAGUCACAGCGGCGGCUCGGCGGGCCCCAAACAGAAGCAGCCCAGCUGGAAGCAAAGCAAAAGCAGCAGCAGCCCCUACCUGGCCGCCCUCGCCCCGGAGCCCGCUGAUUUCCUGGACAGCUAUAAGAGGGCGCAGCUCAAGGCGCUGCUGGCCCAGGUGAGCCCGGGCCUCACCCCGCGACUCCGCAAGGCCAACACCAAGGAGGUGGGGGUGCAGGUGAACCCGCGAGUGGACGCCUCGGUGCAGUGCUCGCUGGGGCCGCGCACGCUGCCGGGCAGCUGCCCGCAGAGCCCCUCGGCCCGCUUCGGCCGGCCGGCCCUGGCCGUCUACUCGCCCGUGCUCGACCGGCGCCUCUUCACCCUGCCCGCGGCAACCGCGCCCCAGGCGGGGGAGAAGUUUGUCUUCUAUUCUAGCAGGCUUUUUGACCUUUCUCUGUUACAGUUCUUGGAACAGAAGUAUGGCUAUUUUCAUUGUAAAGACUGCAAGACCAGAUGGGAGAGUGCCUAUGUGUGGUGCAUUUCUGGAAGUAACAAGGUUUACUUUAAACAACUCUGUCGCAAGUGUCAAAAGGGCUUCAAUCCUUAUCGAGUGGAAGCAAUCCAAUGCCAGGCUUGCUCAAAGACUCUGUGCUCCUGCCCCCAGAAAAAGAGACACAUUGACCUCAAGAGACCACACCGCCAAGAGCUAUGUGGUCGCUGCAAAGGCAAGAGAUUAUCCUGUGACAACACUUACAGCUUUAAAUAUAUUAUUUGAUCUGUGGCCUCUCUUAACUUGUACACUUUUGUAUUUAGCACUUUGCACUUUGUCAGUCUAUUCCUUGGCUUUGACUUUAGGCUUUUGACCUGGCAUUGGAUAUUGGAUUAAAGGUUUUUGUAUUUGUGAUACUUAACUUUAAAGUUAAAAUUGUAAAUAAAAAUUGAAUAAAACUCUGAACUUGUUUACUACUUAAGCAUGGGGAGGGAUUCUUCCUUGUGAAGAUUAAUAUCACUGUGACCUUUUACUCCCCUUUGGAAGCUUCCAACAUAGGUAACUUAGCCUACUAACGUAAAUAUGCCUGGGAUUAGAGUCCAUGCUCUACUAAAAUUCCAGGAAAGCAAGAGGAUUCAAAAGGCAUCUUCAUCAACAGUGUAAAAACAAAGUCUAGUGAGACAUGCAGUCAUCCCAUAGCUUCAAUUUCUAGAAGAGCUCCUGCUCCUUAGUGUUGACCAACUCUCUGUACCUUAAGUGAGCCAUAGGACUCUACUCUGUUUCUUAGUCCUAAAGCACAGAGCGAACUGCAUUACCUAGGGUUCAAGAGAGUGAUUUUUUUUUAAACACAGCCAUACAAUGAUGAAAGGGGGAAAAUUGCAUGACAACUAAUAAAAAUGCUAGCCCCUUCUGAGGGAGACACACACAUCUGUAACUGGUGUUUGAUAGGCAUUGCUCAUGUCCAUUCCUCUCUCUCUCCUCUUGGAGUUCCAGUAAAAGGAACUGGGGUAAUGGUCUUUUAAGUGUUUGCUCAUGUCCAUUCAACAGAGGUGUCUAAUCAGUGUCUGCAGGAGUUAUGGGAAUGCAGACUACAGUACAGCCCUGCCAAAUGCAGCAUCAUCCUUAAAGGGAGUGCUUGCUGCAGCUAAGGCUGGAUCAUGCUGUUCCAGGCAAUGAGAUGGAGGGAGGGACCUAUACAAUGCAUAUGCCCCUCCAAGUACUACUUAAGUGUGUGCCUGCAGUUUUUCCCUAUGUUGAAUGGACAGGAGCAAGUAGUCUAACAAAUUGUUCCCAAAAUAAUGGGGGAGAUGCUUGUUCACCAAGAUGCUCUAAUCUUCAACCCACUCCACAUAACUUCAGAAUUCUUGUAUACAAUCAGCACGGAUUAAGUAUUCCCUCAAUGGAAUUUGUCCUUUAUGGGUGUUUUUUAAAGAGAAACAAGGAAUAGGUUAUGCCUUGCCAAUUAAAAGGGAGUAUGAAAAUAGCAAGUGAAGGCAGUCUAUUGCUGCAGUUAGGAGCACCUUCAAGAGAUGUGUACUUUGGUCAUGGGCGCAUAUGUCUCUAGGUAACUUACUUCAGCUCAUAACUGAAGAGAGGACUAAUCUGUAAUAUGAUGCAAUUCUGAACAUCUGCUAGAAUCAUUCUGAAUUCCUGAACCAAAAACUUCAGGUGGGCUUCAUAGCAGUUGUGGUGUUUGAUUCAGAUUUGUGUGGCUCAGACCACUGCUGAAGUACUUGUAGAAAAACUGCUUUAGAAGUCUAGAACUCCCUUUUCAUUGGUGAUGACACAAAUAAGGAUAUUGCACAUUUGAGUAAUAAAGAGCAUUUCUGACAGACAAACCUUCAGAGACUAUUACAGGUCCUACACUAGUUAUCACUGUGGUAGAGGGCUGGGUUUCAAUAUGUUUGUAUGUUGACUAAUCACAGUAGUUAAGAUUCAGGGCAGAAGUGAUUAGAAAAAAUCCCAGUAUAAUCCAGGGUCUUCAUAUUUUAUGUAUUAUAUUCUUGUGGUACCACAUGAUCUGUACAUAAUGGUUGUAGUUUGGGCAGAGGAAGGCAUUUCUUUUCCCCUACUGCCAGCCUAGCCCCACUCUGCCUCGAGAAUGCCUACUCUAGGGCUGU